GGGGUCAUAAUAUAGGGGUCAAAAUCUGUCAUGUGAUUAAAGAGGGUAAAGAUCAAAAGUUCAGUAGGACCAAUGUUACUCAGGUGAGCAUUGUGGUCCAUGGGCCUCUUGUUUGAAUUAGCUAGUGAUGACAACUGCAAAAAUAAUCAUACUGUCUUGUACAUGCAACGUGUUAUUGGGUGUGUAAAAUUAGCCUCUGAAUUUGAAUAGCACUCAAACACAAUAUACAAUAAUGUAAAUAGGUAUUGUCCGUGAUACUCUUAAAGUAUUUUGCCAACUCAGCAGAUUGUAUUUUAUUGAUUACAGCAAAGCAGAUCAACCAUCAGGCAAUAUCAUCCCACUCAAGCAUAUAACAACUGUAUUAUUGCCUGUUUAUAGGAUUUAAUGUUAGGCGGCUCUGCUAUAUUGGGAGUUUUAUAGAGUCCUUUGUUGAAUCUAGCAAUUGUUCUUGUAGUAAAUGUCCAAGCAGGUUGAUAUGUAUACACUGUAACAAAGUAAAUCAUGUAUACAUGCAAUAUGAUAGUUGUGAUAUUAAGGAGGAAAAAUUUACCUUAGAAAGUAUUCAUCUGAAAAAAAUUAAAACCCCUUCUGGACUGGAACCCCGGCGAUAUACAGAUCAGCAGUCCACACAUUAACCAACUGAGCUACCCAGCUAGGCAAUCAAAUUUAAACGGAGUGUAAAAGUAUUGCUGAUAUUUGUAUUUUCAUUCAUGUUUCAAAAGAAAGUCGGCCAUUACAGUGACGAUAUACUACGUACACCUCCUUAAAAAUGGUAAAUAGUACAAGAUGAGCUGAUUUGCAGUGUGCAUGAAGGUGAUCAUAUCCACACCUCUGUGGCAUGUAAACUUAUUGAUAACAUCAAAGGUACACACAAGCAUAAGGUGUCAGGUUUGCACCUGUUCCCCUGGUGAGAGGUGGAGGUGUGUGUAUUGUCUGAAGGUUAGAGUCAGUUAUAUGAGCCCAUGUCAUUUUCCCUCAUAUCUUGUGGUCAGUGGAGCAUGUUUAUGUCGGUGAACACACCGAAAUGACCAGUAAAUAUAAGUCAAAUGACCAAGGUAAAAGUGCAUGGUCAUGAAAAACAAGUGCUAUGAUGCUCUGAAAGAGUUGACAGGUCUCUUCGAGAAUGUUUGCAAUAGGGUUGGUUUACAUAUCUAACUUGCAAAAGGGUCCGACCAUCUUCAAAAACUUUGUCUAAAAGAUGCAAGAAUUAUAUAUUAAUGCAGAUACUUUCAAAGAUAAUUUAAAGUUAACUGAAAGGGCAUUUUAGAUUUUAAUUAACACUUUUUUUUUUUAAAAUGAUGUUUCCGUGAUACACAAUGUAGAAGGAUAGCGCCUUACAGUUCUGUAAAACAAGAUUGCAUUUAGUUUCCUAUAUAUGCCGAGAGGAGCCGAUGGAUGGGUAGAAAGAGGGGUUCAUUUUGUCCAAAUCUCUCGUGUCUGCACGCCUGAUAUCACCUGUGAUAUUUCCCGGAUCAUGACUUCUAUAAACAGCCUGUACAUAUUCAUGUCGUUCAAAUGCCUUCAAUUUGAUACACAUGGUUUUUUAAGUCUCGUUAAAAGCACUAUUUAAGGGAUGUCCAUGUCAAAUGUAUAUGUAUCUGAGUAGAAAUUGUGAACUCAGUUAUUAUUUUAUCUCCUACUUCUGAGCUAAGCCUUGAUUUGUACCAGUGCCAUAUUGUAUAUGUAUCAAAUCGGGGGAAAAAUUGUUGGUCUCUUUAAAUAUGGACUCUUUUAUAUUUAAAAAUAAUUAUUCUGUCGAAUUUUGAAUAUAGAUUGCGAUAGAUAACUGAUUGGUGAAGAAUAUAAUAUAUAUCAGUGCACAAAUGUAAAGGACACUCUAUGUGUUGAAGGCAUGUCCUAAAGGCACACUGAAAAUAACCUGUUUGAUUGAUCUCUGCUAAUUUGCAUAAUGUAAGUUGCAAAAGUAAACAUGCAUCAAUUUUAAUUUAGUUUUGCUCACACCCAAUACAAAAUUGGAGAGUGGUGCGUGUUUUUAUAUUUUACAUGUUAUAUAUGUAUGCCGUACACAUCUCAGUCCUGUACAUUUAGAAUUGUGGUAUUUAUAUUGUCCCAGGUAUAUGUGUUGGCGAAUAUGUCAUACUUCCCAGACACGGUGUCUCUCAAAAUUACACUUUAUGUCCUUCACGAAUGUAGAGGCAAUUUACAACCAGUUCCUUAGCUAGCCCUCUAAGCAGAGAGACAACCACUCUUGUCUGUGUCCCAGCCUCAAAGUAUAUAGGGAAGAAGAUGUACUGCCAGGAGAUCUGUAAUUAGACACUUAUAAGGAGCUUGGAGGAAAACAUUGACAUCAUCAACUAAUGCCUCCAUUAAACGAGUGCUCUGAUUGAUUGUUUCUCUGUGCGUUUCGCUUGUUUCUGCGACUGACGAAAUCCAAUUUAUGGAUUAAGUAUUUAUAUUAUCCAACUCUGAACAAGGCUGAUUUGAUAUUCUGUAAUUAAUAGAUACCAGGGGAUGCUCAUUCUCAUCACCAUUAAUUUCCUUAAUUCCAUAACACAUGUUAUUAUGGGACGGUCUUAUUGGCACUCGGUUACACGGGUCCUAAAAUGACCAUUACAUCAGCUAAUUCACAUCCCCUGGCAAGACAAUGAAAUCCUUAAGGAUGGAAACAAUCUAGUAACACUUUUAUUUACAGGAUGGACAAUGGUCACUCGGCAGGGUCUAAGGGAGGGCUAUAAUGUUCAGGGGGAGAUAAUGCUAUUGGUUCCCUUUUCAGAUCCUGUCUAUGAUACUGCACAUGUAGGUAGAUUGAUAAUGUUGUGUUGAAGGUGUGAAUUCCUGCUAGGGGAGAUAAUUACGAUUACAACACAGCUCAGCAGGGGGCGUGAACACUGGUGGUAGAGAAGACAAUUAGGUCAUUAUGCCAGUGUCAGACAUUCUUUACUGUUAUGAUAACUAUAAUUAGAGGAACAGAACAUUUGACACAUGAAAAGAAAUGGUCACUAUUUUCAUCCUGCCAUUCAAUUUAAUGCAAGAAAUGUGAUUUUAACACCAGGGCAGUCUGCAGAGUCAGCAAUUUUUUGUAUGGUCCUGAACAUGUAUGCAUUGUUCAUUAAAAAAAUCAAAAUACGACUAUAUAUACAAAAAUCACAAGAAAGUUGUACAAAAACAAAUAUACAUAUGCGUACAAACUCUUUAGCUUUUUCAUUUCUACAAAAAGCAGUCCAACAUUCAUAUGUUUAUCAAAACAAAUGUAUUGUUUAUGAACAUUGAUCAUAAAUUAGAACAUCCUACUGAGGUUUUGUUCAUCAGAUAAGCUUCAUAUCUGUCCUGUGUAGCUGUCUAUAUCUGUAUAACAGGCGUAUAUUGGGUAUGAUUCAGAAAAUUGUGUUUUUGUGAAUGGGCCCUGUACAUUGUCCAAGACAGAUAUAGAUACAAAUAGCUACUGUUGACACAGAGGAAAACAAAGCAUCUCUGUGCAAAUGCUGACAAAGAAGCACGCAUUCUCUCUCUGCUGCAAAUAUAUGUAGUUCAAUGUCAUUGCUCUUUCUCUGGCAAAAAAUUCAGUCAAGGCGCAGUUUCAUCUUGCAAAGAGCUAAGUAAGAUAUGUUCUGCACGAGAUACGACAAAAGUGUGCAGAGAAGGAGAAACUCAUUCUGAUUGUUCAACCUGAUGUCAAACUUUGAUUUUUGCCUAGCAUUCAAAUUUGCAGAAUUUGAAACAGUGUGUAGCAUAUCACGUUAACGUUUACCGUACUUUGAACUCGUCCAUUACAGAAUUUAACCUUAAAGGGACAUGUCCCUGUCAAGAUUUUUUUUAAAAAGAGAAGUUUAUCCUGAAGAAAUUUUGUUUGUAUUAAAGCUGACGUAAGGGGGAAAAUCAGUAGAACGUUGGCCGAGACGUUGGCCAAUGGGGUCAGACGUAAAAAGUACACAAAAUGAAACAAUGUUACACGAUGGGGUAAAAAGUGAUGGAUGGCUAUUGUUCGUGCACAGUUUGUGAAAUUAUUGGAUUUUAUGGUCCAGUGAAAUUGUGUUGUAGUCAUAGUACAAUGAACUUUUUUUAUCUGAAAAGAAGAACUUUCAGGCAACGAAAUUAAGUUUUAUAAAGAUGAUAUUGGUUUGGAGGCUGUGUAAUUUUUUAUGAGAUGACGUGUACACAAAACUAAACUAGAGGGCAAUAGUCCACAUCAGAAUUCAUUAUUUUGCGAAGAUUACGUAGCGCAGGUGUGCAAUGGGCAGUGCCCAGCACACUCUGUGGUAGAACUAUUAAUUCCCAAUAUUUGCCAUUAGUAAUGGCAAUCCAAUGUCUUUUUGCAUCUAAAAAGUAACUGACUUCAAGCUUGUCAUUUUGACUGUGUUUGCAGAAAUCAGUUUUUGUCCAAUAUGAGUAUGAGCAUUACUUACCAGGGUUUCUGUAAUUAAGAUAAAGGACAUGAAAAGAAAACGCAUUGUUUUCUUAGCUUAAGAAGCAUUAAAUCGAGGGUUUCAUUGUCAGACCGGAAUGUGUAUUGAAGACAUGGCCCAUCCUUGGUAUGUAAUCACACUGCAGUGUUGUAAGAUCCUAGCUGUAGACUGUUUAAUGAAAACUGCCAUCUUCUAUGGACCAAGUGUCAAGUUGUAGCUCUGAGGAAUCAAUGAAUGGUUGUCUAAUAUUAGAUUGCAGUGCUGGUCAUUCAUUGAUUUCUAACACCUUGCUCCAUCUUUUCGAUCUGUGUUCAUUUUUCAUUGUAAAGAAAAUGAAGAUUCCAAUAGUUUCCUUUUUAUACCGUGCCACUGCAUUUUGACCAUUAAAUUUAAUUUUAGACUUUAAGUCUUGCAUUUUGGGAAAAUUAUGACUAUCUGUAAAGACAUGGGAUUGCAGAAUAAUUAUUACUGCCUGCAAAAUCAGGGACAGUAAAAUGAGGGUGUGAUUGUGAUGAAAUAUUCAUUUGUAGGGAACUUACAGAUAAUUUUUUUUUUUUUUUUGGUUGAUGUUUUGGUCUAUCACCCUGGACAGGAAAAUUGGAAAUCAAUAUCCUUCAGUAAAUAAAUUUGUGUUUGUUUCCCCUUUAUCUGCAUCCCAGAAAAAUGUCCAAUCUCUUAAAAAUUUUAAUUGAUAUUUUCUCUCAAGAGGUGUGGGUGGGCUUUUUUUUUUCCCAUUUGAAAUAAUACCUUUUCAGGAAACUAGUUUAUUUGGAUUCCGAAGUUUACUGUAUAUGCUUAAAUGGUUACGUUACUCAAUUGCCAAUUGAAAUAGUGUUCUUUUCGCACAAAAAAUAAAAUUAUUUUUCUACCUGAUACCCAUAGAUCAAAUGAUGCAUCACAAGGGAGAACAAACAAGAUUUUAUGUACCAGUAUAGGCCUAUUAAUUGAAUUUAAUUUUGAGGGUAUAAAGUUUGAAGAUUAAGAGGAUUGCCAUCAGGGGAAGCAACUCAGUAGCUUAAGACCAGACAUCCAGACACAAAAUAAGGCAUAUCCCACAUAAACUUAGUCUUGCAAAUCAAAGGAUGCAGAUGUGAUAGAAUCGUUUUAGAUCCCUAAAAGCAAUGCAAUGUUCCUCACAUUUUAUUUGAUAAUAUAGGAUAUUAAGUGUUAAUUUUGGUUUGAUACUAAUUCUAGCCUAAUUAGAUUACCUGUAGUUUGAUACCUGUAUUUACUGGGGGGAAAACACAAAUCUUUAGUUUGUUUUGGGUAUAUCUAGAAAAUAUUUGACAAGUAAUUGAUAAAGCAAUUAAUCUUUAUGUGAUUUUGGAAGGAAUUAAUGUAUAUAUAUGAAAAUGUAACUGAAAAGGCCAUUCAUUUUUUAGAAUUUCUUUGUGUUAAAUUUAAAAAAAAAAUUAUAUAAGAUAUCAUAGAUAUUGUAAUUUCAAAAGAAUAAAAAAAAAAGUUACUUAAACUUCUUUGUAUUUAUAUUUCAUUUGGUGUUACAAACAGCAGUCAUAAUAUUGAGAUUCAGACUACAGCAAAGGAUUAUAGCGGUAAUUCACUUAUACAAAUUAAAAUUCCCAGUUCAUUCUUUUCUCACCUGAUUUAAAAAUGUGUUUGAAAUGAGAACAAACCAGUACUAAUUUAAAAUAGCUAUACCCCCAUUAAUUAGUUUGUAUGUUCUAAAUGUUGACAAUAAGUAAUUAGAUAAACAGCACAACAACCUAUAUAGCUGUCAAUAGAUCAUUAAUGAAUCAUGGGGUUCUGGGAUACAUUUUGGAUGAACAAACACGCCAUGCAUGCAUUCACAUGUCUUGUGGGAAGGAAUAGUAAGGUAUCCUGCUUUAUUGUGAUAAAACAUUUCAUGAGAAGCAGAAUCAGUGCAAAUUGUAAAUUUAUUACAGAAUUGUCUUAGAUGAAGCUCUGUACUACAUUUAAUUAACACUAUAAUUAUUAAGGAAUGAAUUUUGUUUUCUGUCUGAAUAAAUGAGAUGGAUUAUUUUUGCACUGACAUGUUUGUCAAAAUUUCCUAAAUCCACAACUUCUGGGAAUAAUUUUGUGGUGGUCAGCAGUUUGUUGUUAAUACUGUGUGACUCAAUGUUAUGUAAUGUUUGAUUACACUAAGGAUAGAGUGGGGAUUAUAGCAUGGAGAUGGUAACACAUAAAUGGACAAGUUGGCUAUUGAAAUUAGCUUGAAAAACAUUGUACUUUAGACAAAUUUAAUGGCAUACAACAAUACCGCUCGGUGAUGACUAACAAAGUACUUGCAUGUUUCUAUAACUUUUUUCAUCAUUUCAUAGUUUAUCAACAAAUUCAAAAUAUUUAUUUUAUUGUAAUUUAUUUUAUGGGGGGAUAUCUCUUUUAAAAAAAGAAUAUCAUCCUACCCCCCAAAACCAUUAAGAAAUAGGUGGUUCCUUAUUUAUGAGGAGGGGGAUCUCUUCUAAGGAUUAUAGUAUCAUCCUACCCCAAAAUGCCAGUAAGAAAUGCAUGGGUCUUUACCUAAUGGAAGCACCAAGAUCUACACUCCUUUGUCAAAAAUGAGUUCCCAAGGAAAAAUUCCCUAUAUAUUUCAUAUAAAACCAUGUCUUGAUUUCUAAAAAUUCUCCUGAAAUAGAAAGCACUCAUUACUGAAAUAUUUGCAGUGUCAGAUUGAAUAAUUCAUUGGUCACCUGAAUUGCUAAAAUAUGGUAUUUCUAACACAAAGUUUAUGAUUGAAGAAAAAAUUUACUUUUAAAUUAUAUUACAUAGUAUAGGGUGGCCUGUGUAAUAUUUUGUUUGUGGUUGUUGGUUUUUUUUGUUUUGUUUUUUUUUUUUUUGGAUGGUUUUCUUUUUAAUACAGUAAAUAAAUACUUAUAUUGCUAAACUAAAUGAUGUUUAUGUAAGCUUUUUUUAAAAAAUCAUAAGAUUGUUUUAAGGAAACUUUUCUAUGGAAACUUAUAUACUUGGGUUAACUACUACGGCGAAGAAAACGUGUGGAUAAACAUGUACACAUGUAAUCUUUGUCAUUCGGUGAAGGUCAUCUAACAACACACCUCCUUUUCAACCAAUCAAAUCCCAAGCUUUUCCGGCAUCAACAAAUUGAAGCAUUUUCCAAAAAAAAAAUUGCAGUGGCUGUGUUGGCAUGUAUAUGAUGUUUCCGAAAAAGCAAAACUUUGUGUUAACUUUGAAAUAUUGAACUGAUUCUAAAGUAUUCGGAAGCGAUAAAUUAAAAUUGCAUAACGGAUUUUAAGAUGGUCCCUCUUUGUCCGUGCAUAACGACUUCCAAUUUGUAAAUAUGCAAAUCAGUAUGUUCUCCUUCCCAUUAAUGUUUGAAUUCGUUUCGUUUUCUUUUUUAGCAGUUGUAUAUAUUUAUAUUCAUAUAUAAACAAAAGCACAAGUUAAAUAUAAGCAUCCAUGCUGCAUCUGAUUUUAUUUUUGCAUUGAAUGGAAAGUUUUGUUGACCUACGUCACAUCUCAGUUACGCCGUUGUUGAUUGGUUGAACUUUUGUAGGAAGGUCACCUGCAUAAAUUACCAUAAAUUGGGAAUAUCGCAUGUUCUCGGCUGUUCAGAAUGUUGUAAUGUUAUUCAGCGAAUGUUGUGACAGGGGAAGGACUGACAUUAUAAGGAUUCGUUAUACAUUGAGGAACCAUGAAUGAUAUAAUUUAUCAUUAAACGAUAAUCAAACCCGCAUCAUUUCUUUAAAAGUUAUUCUUGCUUGUAUAUUAUUAAAAUCAAUGUGGGAUUUUACAAGCUUGCAAUCUUUGGAUCUAAAUAGUAACUGUGUGGUCGAACCCCCGUUCGAAACGGAAUCUUUAAUAGAAACAUCCAUGUGUAGAAAGUGUAAUAAAAAGGCACCAGAUCCCUGUAGAGGAUGUCGUGAAACCUUUUCUCGCAACGGAUCAAAUGACAAUGAAAAGAUCGUGCCAGUUUCAACUGCAGAAGACCAGACACAAAUGCUGUUUGUCGAUGCAUUCUUACAAAACAAUCGGCUGGAUCACGUGACUCAAUUAAUGGGAUACCACCCGAAUUAUUUGGAGAUGUUCCUGAGAACCCAACAGUACCUUCUGAGGGGUGAUGGACCUCUCCCAUUCCACUACAGACACUAUAUAGCCAUCAUGGCUGCAAGUCGACACCAAUGUGCGUAUCUCAUCCACCUUCACGAGCAGGAAUUCAUCCUACAGGGAGGUGACCCAGAAUGGCUUAAAGGCUCCUCCCACAUCCCCACCAAAUUACGGAAACUCGACGAAGUUAACAAAAUACUUGCACACCGACCAUGGCUUUUAAGCAAGACACACAUAGAGGGCUUGCGAAAGGAAGCAUGGUCAAUAUCGGAGCUUGUACAAGCUGUUGUCAUAAUGGCGCAUUUCCACGCCCUCUCUUCUUUUGUGUUUGGUUGUGGUAUCAAGAACGAGCCAGAUCACCAUGGCGGUUUCACGUAUAGGCCGUUGUCACCGACGGAAAACUCCAACGAUUCCGAUUAUACAAGUGACAGUUCCUCCGAUAAUUUCUCAGAACCAGAGGUUGGAAUAGAAAUCCUUAUGGAGAGGAUGAAGAAACUGAAGGAAAGUAAUGAGGAGGAACCUACGGAGGAAGAGAGGUUAAAGAGAUUCGAGAAAGUCGAGACUCAGAGUGCUGAGUUAACAAAACCCGGGAAAAAGCAUCCCACAAAAGCUGAAAUAGUGAAAUACAUACAGGAUGAGGAAUUUUGCUAUAUAGACUUUACGAAGCGUGGGUGCACGGAGGAAGCUCCAACCUUCAGGGCUAAUGAAUAUUCUUGGGAUGACCAUGGUUUUUCAAUAGCCAACAGACUGUAUUCUGAAAUCGGAAACCUGCUGGAUGAGAAAUUUUCUAUGGCAUAUAACCUUACAUAUUACACGAUGGGCGAGGUCAUAGAUGUUGAUACUUCGGCAUUCCGGAGGGCCAUAUGGUACUAUAUCCAUUGUCUGUACGGCAUAAUGCACGAUGAUUAUGAUUAUGGCCAGGUAAAUCAGCUCUUGGAACGUAAUCUGAAGGCAUACAUCAAGACUGUAACAUGCUACCCAGAGAGACUAGCCAAAAAAGACUACGACAAUGUGAUGAAGGAGUUCAAACACUCAGAGAAGGUGCAUGUAAAUUUGAUGCUGCUUGAGGCGAGACUUCAAGGAGAGCUGUUGUAUGCAUUAAGGGGCGUGAUGCAAUACAUGACGUAGCACAGACAAUGUUUAGUGCCUAGUCUUCCAUGACAUUAACUUGGAGCCUUUUCCCUGCUUUCUCCAUGGUUCUCUGAGAACCCCCCAUAGUGUGAUGCACAAGAUGGUGGGGCGGUGCAAGUAAAAAAAAAGAACAACAACAAAAAAACGAACAAGUUUUUAUCCUUUGUGAACUUUUGACUGUGAUAUUUUUCCCUCGUUACCUAAACUGGGCUGAGAAGAAAAAGGAGAAAGUGAAAGAAGAGGGUGAUAAACAAGACUGUAUAGAAAUUCACCGUGAGAUUAUAAACCAAGGUACCCCCUAUGGUUGGAGCCUUGGCAAAGUGAACACAAAGCAGGCAGAUUUUCCCAUGAUCUGCAGGUGCCCCCCCUAGCAGCCUCAGUUGUGUGUAAAGGGGGGCAGUGUCCAUGUCUUUCAUUUGUACAGCAUGUCAUGGUGCUGGAACCUCUAGCAUACAUAGGUUUUUGUUUUCUCCACAGUUAUGUUUUAUUUUUGUGUGUGUGUGUUUGUAAAACCAAAGUAUCUUGCAGUGUAGAUAGAUAAUUAUAUUGUCCGAUUGAUUCUGUGCAUUCCACUGUGGUAAAACACAUGUGUAGGAAGGAGUUUGAAAGAGAAGUUUGACUGAAAUUUUCAUGUGCGACUCCCAAGAGAUGAAAUAUGAUUAGCGGCAAAUAAUGCUUCUAUCUAGUAUUGUGAAGUGUAUCUUCUAUAUUGACUGCACACAUGUAUUCCAAAUUUUGAAUAAUUUAUAGAUUUAUUUAUAUAUUAUUGAAAAAGUCUAUUUUUUUUUUUAAAUUGCCAAUCAUGGAGAUUGAUACAUGAUGGCAGAUCUUACAGGGGUUGCAAACAAACAACUAAAACACCUCCCUCCUCUUUCGUUUAAUAUUUAUAACAAAAAUUAUAAUUUCUGUACCAUUUCGCCCCUUCAGUCCUCCAUUUCUUUGGGCAGAAAAGUGGUACAAAAUACUUUGCACCUCCCCAUUUUGAAAAAUGUUCUGAAUCCACCCCUGAUACAUGCAAGUCAAAGAAGAUCACAAAUGCCAUUAUAUACCUCAUUACAUAGACUGAACUAGUCAAAACGAGCAGUGUACUGAAAUAUAUAACCACACUAAAAGGGGCAUUGUAAAUUCCGAUGUGAACAAAGUGUUUAUAGUUCAAAAUCAUCUCAUCAAUCACUUGUAAUGAUCAAAUCCUUCAUUUAAUUCAUCACUGUUGAAGGAUGCAGAGUUAGUAUAAAAUUUAUUUUUAUUACUACAUGUAUUCAACCGUGCCAGUAAUUUCAUGUGCUGUAAAAAUGCUCAAAAUGUACCAGCUAUUUCAUCAAUGUGUUCUCCAAUUCAAUUGAAAAAUUCCGUAAGAAUUUUGUGCAAAGAACAUUUAUUUUUCCCCCAAGCUAACUGGAUGUUAAUUAAAUAGAAAGAAAAUUUAUACGAAAAUCUCAGAUAUGGAGAAAUGCUCAAGCAAAAUAAAAAGAAUAUUUUUGUGAAGAAUAGAAAUGUACUGUUGAAACCUAGAAAUGGCACUCAAGUCCUUUGCUGUUAGUAUAUACAGGGGACCUUGUUAUUGUUGAAAAGCAUUAUAGUUUGUUUUAGUGACUUCAGUAGACUUAUUUAUAGUAGAUAGGCAGUUUAUGUUGUGCCUGUGGAUCUGUUAGCUGGCCAGCCUUGCCUUUCGGUUUGCGAGGCAAUAGUAAACUAAUUAUAAGAUAAUUGUAGGUACUGAAAACUGGACGGGACAGGAUGUUAAGACGUGAGGGGGUGGGGAAGGCUUUGUUAUGUGUUGUGUUUUUGUUAGAUCUGAGACAAAAUAUUUUUUUUGUUGAUUCUUCAAAACGUUUUAUGCUGGAUUAAAAGAAAUGAACCUGGCAAUGUGCAAUUCUGUAUAUAUGUGAUGUAUGUAUCAACUUUUUUUCACACUUGGGCCAUUACAGUAACCAGGCCCGCCCAUUCCUAUCGUGGGUAUAUAGAAAUCCGGUGUUUUUAACGAAAUCGGCACGUAGUGUUGAAAUGUUUGUUGAUAGUGUGAAUGUCAAGAUCUCUGAACAUUUAUACGUAUAUUAAUGUGGAAUACAAAAUUGUGUAGAGAUCUAUUUCUAAAGAUGGCUAGCAAUGCUUUUGUAUGGUGUAAUCAAAAAUUGGCCGUCUUUGAUUUGUGUAGUAUGUACAGGAGAUUGUUCAGUAUUACAUAGUAAUUUGUUCUCUGUCCAGAGAGAAUUCCAUAGCUGAUGUGUUUUAAUUUAUUUACCACUCAUUUCUUACAUUGUGAUAAAAAUGUUGCAAAAUAAAUCAAUGAAAUUCA